AUGGCUGGCCAACAUCCGGAUCUCGAUCCAGCUCCGGCCGUCAACGCUGAUGACUAUGUCAAAAUCGUCGUCAACCCAGACGGCACGGUCACGCGCGGCCACCACAUUCCGAAUACCCCCGCCGACCCCGAUCCCCACCAGCCCUCCGCCGUCCGCACCAAGGACGUCCCGCUCAACCCGGCCCACAACACUUGGGCCCGGAUCUACUUGCCUCGCCCGUCUCCUACCCGGGCCGACCAGAAACUGCCGCUCGUCGUGUAUUACCACGGCGGCGGCUUUGUCUGGUGCUCCCCGGCCAACACGGUGCACCACGUGUUCUGCUCCCUCAUGGCCGCCAAGCUCGGCGCCGUCGUCGUCUCCCCCAGCUACCGCCUCGCUCCGGAGCAUCGCCUCCCCGCGGCAUACGACGACGCCAUAGAGGCCCUCCGCUGGGUCAGGACCACCGAGGAGGAGUGGCUUCGCGAGGGCGUUGACUUCUCGCGGUGCUACCUGUUGGGCACGAGCGCCGGGGGAAACAUCGUGUACCACGUGGGCCUGCGCUUGUGUGCCGCUGCGGCCGAUCUGGAGCCUCUGGUGAUCAGGACCCUGAUCUUGCACCAUCCCUUCUUCGGCGGGUCCAAGAGGACCGAGUCGGAAGUGAGGCUGUUCAACAACCCAACCCUGCCGGUGAACGGGGCGGACCGGGUUUGGGAGCUGGCGCUGCCGGCCGGCGCUAACCGGGACCACGAGUAUUGCAACCCGACAGCUGGGGAGAGAUCGGAUGAGUGGGAGGGGAUGAAAAAGCCGGGGUGGCGGGUGGUGGUGGUAGGCGGCGGCGGAGAUCCGAUGAUAGAUCGGCAGAGGGAGUUGGCGGCGAAGCUGGAGGCGAAGGGCGUGCAAGUGGUGGGCCUUUUCAGCAGUGAAGGUGAUUAUCAUGGAGUGGAGAUACUGGAACCGGCUAAGGCGGAGCUGUUGUUCGACAAACUGAAAGGUAUCAUUUGA